AUGAUCUCAUAUUCUAUUUGUAUUAUUGUUGUCAGCCUUAUUACGAACAGUUUGGGAGAGGUACCGACAAUUCCGGAGGGCUUUACAACAGCAGUGCAGUGUAAGUGUGCUGAUAUUGAAAAAUGCAGUGCUGAACUGACAGAACGAACGAACACUUGCAAAAAGGAACCACAGUGUGAAUCAUUUUUGAAAAAAGUUGGAGAUCCAACAAAAAUACGUGAAUGUUUGGAUUCAGAGCAUGCACAAAUGCAAAAACUGGAAACCUGCGUCAAGGAUAAAGUUGGAGGAAUACUUGGCUGCACAAAUGAUGAAAAUCCGAAAAAUUUGACCAUUCCACUGAUUCCAUUGAUUGAAACACCAGAGUUGCCCAGUCAGAGUAAUACAAGUAAAACUGACCCUGGACAAGGACCACCAGAACUUGCCCAUUAUCUGAUGUGUGUUGAUCAAUGUGCAAUGAACGAUGAGGUACCAAUUCCACGAAGAAUGAAACGUAGCCCAGUUAAUUGUGCUUUCAAACUUAGGUAA